AUGACAUCCAAAUUCAAAGACGGUAUGCGCGACCCCUCUGGCCAGUUUUCCAGCCCCUGUCCGUCUAACAAAUCAACAAUAGAGCAAGACAUCCCCGUCUCCAAGCAGACGUUUCCGGGCAUGGAACGAGACAUGCCGUCGCCAAAGCCCACUCGCGAGGAGCUGCCCGAGGCCGGCGGAACCGCGACAACAUACAAAGCGGCCAACAAACUAAAGGGGAAACGGGCGCUGAUAACCGGCGGCGACAGCGGCAUCGGCGCAGCCACGGCCGUGCUGUUUGCCAAGGAAGGCGCCAUUUCAACAAUCGUCUAUCUGCCCGAAGAAGAGCAAGACGCCCAAGACACCAAGAAGCAGGUCGAGGAGUCGGGCGGCACAUGCCACCUCUUUUCCGCAGACCUUGUCAAGAAGGAGAAUUGCCAAAAGGCAAUCGACUUUGCCAUGGAAAAGAUGAACGGCAUAGACAUUCUAUUCAACAACGCGGCCUAUCAGAUGAUGGUGCAGGAUAUCCUCGACUUGCCGGACGAGCAGUGGAUUCAUACAUUUGACAUCAACAUGCACUCGUAUUUCUUCAUGGCCAAAUACACCCUCCGGCACAUGGAGCCCGGCUCCGUCAUUAUAAACAACGCCUCGAUCAAUGCGUACAUUGGCCGGUCGGACCUGUUGGACUACACCUCUACCAAGGGGGCCAUCGUUUCCUUCACGCGAGGCCUGAGUAACCAGUACAUAUCGAGGGGCAUUAGGGUCAAUGCCGUGGCCCCGGGACCCGUUUGGACGCCCCUGAUUCCGGCGACUAUGGAUAAGAAGGCGCAGGAGGAAUUCACUAGCCCCAUGGGUCGGCCGGCUCAACCGUCCGAGAUUGCGAGCUGCGUCGUGUUUCUCGCUUCCAUGGACAGCUCGUGUGUGAGCGGGCAGACGCUGCACUGUAAUGGCGGCGUGGUGGUGAAUGGGUGA